AGCCCGACUCCGCCCCUUUCGGAAGGCCCUGGCCACGCCCCUGUCGCCCCUGCUUCCCACUGGAGGCUCCGGCUGCAGUUUCCGCCCCUCCCUGAGGCCACGCCCCGCCUCCGCCGGGGAGAUCCUGCCCCGUGGCCCAGAAGUCCGCGCCGCCGCGAGCCCGUGUUCGCUGGCCAGCGACAUGAGUAUCCCCGGCGCCAGCCCGCUCUUCGCGCCCGGCGAGGACUGCGCCCCUGCGUGGCGCGCGGCUCCCGCGGUUUACGAUGCGACCGACACACACCUGGAAAUCCUGGGCAAGCCGGUGAUGGAGCGCUGGGAGACGCCCUACAUGCACUCGCUGGCGGCCGCCGCCUCCUCCAGAGGGGGCCGGGUGCUGGAGGUGGGCUUUGGGAUGGCCAUCGCAGCCUCGAAGGUCCAGGAGGCCCCCAUCACCGAGCACUGGAUCAUUGAGUGUAAUGAUGGUGUCUUUCAGCGGCUGCAGGUCUGGGCCCAGCAGCAGCCCCACAAGGUUGUCCCUUUGAAAGGCCUGUGGGAGGAUGUGGCGCCCACGCUGCCGGACUGUCACUUUGAUGGGAUCCUGUAUGACACGUACCCGCUGUCAGAGGACACCUGGCACACGCACCAGUUCAACUUCAUCAAGAGCCAUGCCUUCCGCCUGCUGAGGCCAGGGGGCAUCCUCACCUACUGCAACCUCACCUCCUGGGGCGAGCUCAUGAAAUCCAAGUACUCAGACAUCACCACCAUGUUCGAGGAGACGCAGGUGCCAGCGCUGCAGGAGGCAGGCUUCCGACGGGAGAACAUCCACACCGAGGUGAUGGCGCUGGUGCCGCCGGCCAACUGCCGCUACUACACCUUUCCGCAGAUGAUCACCCCCCUAGUCACCAAGAAGUGAGCCGCCACUGUCCCAGCAGGAGACAGUGGGGGACAGGAUGGCCUUCUGGGUGCGGCCAUGGGAGCUGGGGUCUCCCUCAGUGUGCAGGGAUGAAAUAAACAUGGGCCCUGG